AUGCAGUGCAACAAGGGUUUGUUUACUUUGGACGAGUGCGAGAAGAAGGUGUUCCUUAAGAAUCCGGUGGAUGAAUCCUACAAGGUAGUUUCGAUUGUGUUUAAAGGUAAAUAUGGUAUAGUGAGAAAAUUGAUCCACAAGAAAACGGGAAUCUUGUACGCUGCAAAAUCCAUAAAGAAGCAAACAUUGACAGAUAACUGGACACCUUCGAUCCACCAUGAAAUAGCCGUAUUACAAAAGUGCAAGUCGAAAAGCAUUGUUCGUUUGCACGAGGUCUUCGAGACCGCUAGCCAUGUGACAAUAGUCAUGGAGUACAUGGUAGGAGGUGAUCUUCAAAGUAUUUUCGAGAAGAGAGAAUGCCUAUCGGAAGUUGAGACCAAGACUGUGAUUGCACAAUUAUUAGAAAGCGUUCGAAUUUUACAUCAUCAAAACAUAGUCCACAUGGACAUUAAAAUACAGAAUGUUUUGCUUUCGAAACCUAACUGUUUAGAGAAUAUCAAACUUUGCGAUUUCGGAAUUUCCAAGUUUUUGGAACCAGGUAGAGUGGUCAGAGCAUUACAAGGAACUUUGGAUUAUUUGGCGCCUGAAUUAUUGAAACGAGAUCAGAUCACGCUGAAAGUAGAUGUUUGGUCGAUCGGCGUGUUAACUUACAGUCUGGUUAGUGGAUAUACACCGUUUGGCGUCCAAUCACAGGAAGAAACGAUCAGAAACAUCACCAGAGGAAUCGUGAAAUUCGAUGAAAAACUAUGUGGUUCCAUCACAGUUGGUUGCAUUAAGUUUAUAAAAUCAAUGUUGGUUUUAGACCCAAAAUUGAGACCUACUGUUGAUGAAUUGAUUAAGCACGUAUGGUUGACAACUGGAAAAAGAUCUUCGUAA